GUUGCCUGGGAGGAUUGUCCUGUUUCUUGAAGGUGUCAGUAGCAAAGAUCAAGUGUGGGGGAUUCAGGCAGCGUUGUUGAUACAGUCAGUGCAGGGACAGGCAUAUGUGGAAUGUAAAGGCAGUACUGCAGAUCUUGAGCAUAGUGCAUCAAGUUGUCUGCACUACGGCUGGGACUCUGAAUGUGGCUGUGACCCUUCAGUCAGUACAGAACUGAAGGUGUUCAGAAGGUGUUAAGCUGGCAUUGAACAGUGGCAGAGGACUUGAUAUUGUCAUUCUCCACUUUCUGAAUUUCUGCCUUGGUAUAAUCCCAACAAAUGGUUAUCCAUCUGCUGGUUUACCUGAUAAUUAUAGUCCUGCAUGCAUUCUUUAGAGAUCAAAGCUGGUGUUGGCAUGGGUAAAGACAAUCUGCUCUCCUUUCUAAAGCUGUUGUAUCAAUAUUGAAAAGAUAUGAUAAGCAUAAAUUUCCUUAGUAUUUUAUGAGCGAGGUCUUGAAGAAGGGGAUUUUUGAGGUAGCAAAAACUAUGAGAUUGUGUGGAAGAUGUUUUGUUUACCAUUUUGGUGUCCAUUGUCUUUGUGCAGAGCAAUUUCCUACAGCUGGGUGGUGUCUAGGCUGCCAGGGACUGCGAAUUUGAGGCUGAGACCAAGUGUCUUAUGUCACCCUUGAUGGUGAAAGGUAAUAGAUUAAACUGCUGAGUGAUGAACCAGAAAGAAGAGCAAGAGGAGGCUGGGAAUCCAUGAGUGGAACUGCAUGGGAUUGUUGGGAUUCAGCGCAGCUCUCUGUAGGCUGGUGUCUGUUAAUGACAGAUGGCAAUGUCAGUACAAAAACGUACAUUUUUCAGCAGAUCUGGUGGCUUCUCAUGAGAUGGAAUAGAGGUCUCUGGUUCUGGGGCUGUCUGUAGUCUUCAGAAUUGAAUCCAAAUUCGGAUUUUGAAAUGCUAGAGUUGGCCACAGUCCACUUCAUUUCUGUAAUAGCUGAAAGCAUUUCUUGUUAAUUGGCCUAAUUUUAACUAAAUCACAAUGAUUUAGGCUGCAAAGGACAUCAGGAGGGCGUCUAGUAUAGCCAUGUGCUCACAGUCCAAAUAACUGCACUUUUACAGUCCCAAGGUGGACAAAAAAAAUCCAUUUCAGACAAAGCAAAUGGGAUCAGUUUCCUUCAGCCUGCAGCAUGACAGCACUGAGCUGUGUGCAAUCUGUAUUUAUAGUGGGGAAGAUUUAGUCAGUCUUAAGAGUGGGUGUUGUUAUUAUGAGAGAUGUCAGAACGCCUGUCUAGCUGUUAGCUUUGGGAUGUUGAACCAGACUUGGUUCUCUUCCCUGUGGCGUGGACAGGAUUAUUAAUCAUGCUCGCAGUGCUAAUGAUACGCUCACACGACACGAGUGACACUAGGGCUGGAGUUUGGCAAGUGGUAAGUUGUCUGGGUGUGGUGUGAGCAGAAAGUAGCAGCAGCACAUUGGCUGCAUCUCUGGGUGCACAAAAGGGACUUUGCAUUCAGUUAACAGGGCCAAGGCUUAGAAAAUGCCAUCUUUCAUAUGUAAAUUAAUUGUACUUUAUUUAAAAAAAAAAAACAUGUUCUGCUCCUUAUGAAAACACUUCUUAAGGGAGGAUUUCAUUUUAACCUGAAAGUAGCUGAAACAGAUGGGUAGGCUCUUCCUGUAGAAGACAUAUUAGUAAACAAAUAACGCAGGGAGGAUUUAUCUCCUGGACAUAUUUCCUUUUCUCCUGCUGCCUUCCCCCCUUGUUCAGGCUCUUAGUAUCUCUGUGGCAAUUUUGAAAGAUCUAGAAAUAAAAAAAAAAUCUAUCUAUCCAGUCGUAUGUUAGUCCUGCUUUUAAAACAGCUUUUAAUCUGCAGUCAUGCUGAGAAGCCCGUUCCUUGGUUUGUAUUUGGAGCAGGAUCUCUGACCUAUUCUAUUCUUCUCCUGCUCCUUGCAGGCUCUUUCUGCACACAUCUCACAGGUGUGCACAGCCUUGUCACUUGGCGUGGUAUUCACCUCAGUGUGUUGGUGUCUGUAACCUCCUUUCAUUUGAGAAGUCAUCCUCGUUUCCCUUUAUACUUAGAGAUGCCCAGAAGACAGUUGAGCUGAUCAGAUGAUGACAUGCUACAGUAGGUCAACCUGUGCUCUGAAUGCCUUUGCUCAAGUCUGCACUGAUUGUGGAAGAAGGGAUUCAGGGUGAUUUUCUCAUAUGCGGAGGUUUGUGUAGCAAAUCCUUGUAUGUGCUGAUGGCUGUGGCUCUGUUCAUCUCUAGCCAGGUUGCUCAGUUCCCAUGCUCUUGUCACAGUAAAUACGCUGCCUCAGCCUCUGUUGUCCUGUGGUGGUCAUUCCCAGGAGGGGGAUUAACACCCCUGCUAGCCACAGCUCUGCAGUACACACAGAGGUAGUCAGCAGCACAUGACUACUGAUUUCCUUGAUUCAGCUGCUUGGACUACAGCACCCAAUGGAAUCACACUGAGGUUUUCUCUGUCAGUACUGCCUUUCAAAACUGCUAACAGCAAACAGAAUGGUGUAAGCAGAGAACAGAGUUCCAGCUGACAAUCUGUCAUCGGUAGCAUCCUGCUCUUAAGCUGGGCUGAUGGUCGCUGCUUUAAAUAUGCCUGCAUUUCCCCCAAGAACAUGAAAUUCUGAUACGUGAGUGCAGUUCAUUCCGUGAAACCAUUUUUUAAAAUUGUUUGCUGUUAGAAAAUGUUGGAGCUGAAAACAAGGCUUUCAUUGCAGGUCGCUAUCGAGAGAACUAGGAAAGGAUGUAGACGUGGUGUUGAUGUCUCUCUUCAGGCUGUGUCUGAGGAAGCCAACUUUUAUAGUGCAUCCAUAGGAAGCGUCUCCACUACAGCCUUUCACCACGCAGGAGGAAGACUGAAGAUGCAGGCAGCUGGCAAAUGUGAAAGCGAUGAAGAGGUGUUGUGAGGCUGACGGUACUUUUUAUAGAGAGUGUGUUUUCUGGGAAGGACGUAAGAAGGGAGAUAAACAAGUGAUGACUGUGGCAAGCUGAGAAAUAGCUGCGGCAGACCAAGAUGUGCCAAAGAGGAGAUCACUGCAAAAAGGUCCUCAGUCUCCAUCAGCCACCAGCCACAUUGUAGCAGUGUAGGCGUUGCCAUGAGGAUCAGGAGGUGUCCUUUCUGCUUUGCUGUUUAUCUUUUGAUCCUGCUGGGUAAACAUCAGAGAGAGCCUAAUAUGUGGGCAGAGCACACAUUUUAAGAGAACUGUCAAGCUGCUUGCUUGCCAGUACAUACAUGAAUCUGAGUAAAAGUACUCCAAGUCCAGGGGAUUCUGUGGCACUGCAUGAGUGUAAGAACUGGUACAUUUGUUGGGUUAGACUCUACUUUUUGAGAGAUGAUGCCCCGACGAGGAUUUCUUGUACUAGUCCCUCGGCUUGUAGGCCUGCUGGUGGUGGCCUUUUGCUCUGUGUCCAUCGUUUAUAUGUUGGCUUGCACACCUAAGGGUGAUACUGAGCAGCUUGCCUUGCCCAGGGUUCACAGUCCGACUGCAAAGGAGGGAUAUGAAGCUAUUCUGCAGGAGCGAGAAGAGCAGCACCGCAACUACAUCAUCAGCUUGAAGAAGCAAAUAGCCCAGCUGAAGGCUGAGCUCCAGGGCAAGAGCGAGCAGCUUAAGAGCAUGCAGGACCAUAACCCAAACCCCUUGUACAUUCAUCUUGACCACAGUAAUCCAGAGAAGGCCCAGGUUAAUCUGCUGGCAUUUCUCCGUGCCCAAAUAGACAGAGCAGAGGUGCACAGUGGUGUUAAGCUGUCCACAGAGUAUGCAGCUGUACCCUUUGAGAGCUUUACUCUACAGAAGGUGUACCAGUUGGAGACAGGGCUGACGCGCCACCCAGAAGAGAAACCUGUGAGGAAGGAUAAGCGAGAUGAGCUGGUCGAAGUGAUCGAGUUAGCUGUUGGGAAUUUGAACAACCUGGAGGGGGACAGCAAUACCAAGCACCGUGUAUACACAACUUCAGACUUCGUGGAAGGGAUCUACCGCACAGAGAAAGACAAAGGCACCUUGUACGAGCUGACUUUUAAAGGGGACACAAAACAUGAGUUCAAGAAGGUUGUUCUAUUUCGGCCAUUUGGUCCAGUAAUGAAAGUGAAAAAUGAAAAUGUCAAUAUGGCUGACUCACUUAUUAAUGUGAUUGUGCCAUUGGCCAAGAGAGCCAGCAAGUUUCGUCAGUUCAUGCAGAAUUUCAGGGAAGUGGGCAUUCAGCAGGAUGGGAGAAUUCACCUCACAGUCGUUUACUUUGGAAAAGAACAAGUGAAUGAGGUCAAAUCUAUACUUGAAAAUACCUCCAAAUCAACCAGUUUCAAGAACUUCACUUUCAUCCAACUGAAUGAAGAGUUUUCCAGGGGCAAAGGAUUAGAUGUUGGUGCUCGAGUUUGGAAAGGAAGUAAUGUUGUUCUCUUUUUUUGUGAUGUGGACAUAUACUUCACAGCUGAAUUCCUGAACUCCUGUAGAUUGAACACACAGCCAGGAAAGAAAGUUUUCUAUCCUGUACUCUUCAGCCAAUAUAAUCCCAGUAUAAUUUAUGGCCAUCAAGAUUCCAUACCAUCUUUAGAACAGCAGCUGAUUAUUAAAAAAGAAACUGGAUUUUGGAGAGACUUUGGUUUUGGAAUGACUUGCCAGUACAGAUCUGAUUUUAUCAACAUAGGUGGCUUUGAUCUGGACAUUAAAGGCUGGGGUGGUGAAGAUGUACAUCUGUACCGCAAAUACCUUCACAGCAAUCUCAUCGUGAUCAGAACACCCAUCAGGGGUCUCUUCCAUCUCUGGCAUGAAAAACAAUGUCUGGACGAGCUGACCCCAGAGCAGUACAAAAUGUGCAUGCAAUCCAAAGCCAUGAAUGAGGCUUCUCACGGCCAGCUAGGAAUGCUUGUAUUCAGGCAAGAGAUUGAAACUCACCUCCACAGACAGAAACUGAGCAGUAAGAAGACCUGAAGCCAGAAAUUUGCUAACAAAAAUGGGUUAAGACUGAAAGAGAAUGAAGAUUUCAACGGGCUGGAAGCAAAAGCAGAUGAGGGAAAGCGCUUGUCCUCACUUCUUCUGACUUUCCUUAAUAGGGCUUUUAAAUUCUUCAUUAGCUUGUUCAGCACUUUGCUUCCAGGGGAGACUUGAACACUUGGUGAGAUAAAAGGUCAUGGAGACAAUGAAGGUUUCAUAAAUAUCACUGUGAUACAGUAACGAAGGAGAUGCUCUUCCACUGGAAUGUUUGUAAGAUGCAUGCAGUUGUUUAAAAGAUUGACCCUUCGGUGGAUCAGUAAUAAUGAGCUAUUUUCUACGUAUUUAAGAGGCUGUGUUCAAAGAUACUGAGCACCUGCUCUGAAAAGGAAAUCUGAUUAUUAACAGUGGUUAAGCAGGAGUGACCAAAAGUCUUUUUUCCUUUUUGGGACUUGGGUGGGGGGGACAGCUGCAGUGUACUUACAGGAUUAUUCACCAGUUGAUUCAGUGACAAGAGCCAUUUCACUGCUUUCUAAAAUUCAGAAGGAGAAAAUCCUGCCAGUCAACUGUGAUUUUUCCAGAGCAUGUGAGGUUAGUGUUAUUCUAUUUUGUGGAUGGUAAACCAAAAGCAAUCGUCUCUGUCUGUAUCACAUGAAUCAGAUGGUGUAUUUCUGCUUUAGAAUACUGUAAGUAUCUCAACAUUCUUUCUUUAAAAUGGAUUUGGUUUUGCCUGGAAAUUAAGUUGUCAAUACUUGUGGUUUUCAAAUUCUAGCCUUACGAGGAAACAGUACAACCUUCCAAUGCUUGGAAAAUGUUCUGCAGUUCUGUUUUUCCUGGAUGGGAACUUUGCUCAGAUAAAUGAAUUGAUUUUACUGUAGAAUCUGAGUGCUGGAAAAAAGAAGCUUUAUGCUGGAGUAGAAGAAAUGUAUUUCAACUUGGAGUACUGGUUUAGCAGGAAACUUCAAAUUCUGAAUGCCAGUUACAAAAAUUAAUGAAAAUUUUCUGACUUUAUACCAAAGUAUUCCAUCUGAACCAAAUCUAGAAUCUUGCCCAGGGCAUAGCAGAUUUUGUAAUUAACAAAAUAAAUUUUUUUAAUGAAUUACUGAACCCUGGAAAUUCUCUUACAGUAAUUGUGUUCAUGAAAUCAGCCAUCUUAAUAGAUUUUUUUUCAAUGAUCUAACUGUUCCAAGUGGGCUGUUGUUUUUGUAGAGCGGUUUAAUGCUGACUGCUGUUUAUCAUUUCAAUGUUAAAUAGCCAACAAAAAAUGCAUGGGUUUGUCAAUCCCACUUAUUUACCUAAGUGCUGCUUCUCCCAGUGGUCUCUUUGUUUUAUAGCUACAAACUAGUUCAAGGCUGUCUGAAACUAGAUUGUAAUGUGGCUUUUGGGUUGUCAAAGCUAGGGGCAACAAGUAUAAAAGACAGCAAUUAUGAAUGAAUAAAAUGCUAU